AGAAGUACAGGGUUUGAUUGUUAAAGAGAAGAGAAUAAGAAAGGAGGUAUGAUAUGAAGGGGGAAGUGCAGUUAGUAGUAGUGUGGAAAUGAGAGUGGCGUGGAAAUAGAAAAAGGUGGUGAUGGAAAAAGUCAAUAAUGUCCUUGGCGUAUUGUCGCUGUCUUAGGCCUCAUAUUUGCAGGUCAUCGCCCCCCCACAAACUCUAAUCGGAAAGGUCCCACACAGACAACAAACCCUUUCAUUUUCCUCUCUCCAUCAACUCACUUCACCUUCCUCACACUCACACGCACGCGCUCCAGUCACCAUUUUUCAAACUCUCACUUUGGCCUAAGACAACAAUAACAACAUCAAAAAAUCCGACAUCUCUCGCUUUCCCAACUUUGCCCUGUUUCUUUUGGAUACAGGGAACCCUUAAAUACUCUCUCUCUCUACUUUUCACUCUUCAUAUGUUUCUUAAUUACUUCCGCUUGGAUGAAUCUUGAUCUCUGUCUCCACCACUCUCCUCCCACAAGGUAAGCAAUAACAGGGAUUUUAUCAGAUAAUGGAUGUGGGGUGCGUGCUGUUACUGUGCUGCCUGACUUUGAUUCCGGGGAUUUUAUCAGAUCCAAGCGACGAGGCAUGUCUCACGCACCUCAGCAGGUCCUUGCAAGAUUCCCCCAGCCUGCCCCAUAACUGGAAGGAAGAGAACUAUGCCAAGCCCUGCAACGAUUCCACCUCCAUUCUCCAGGGUGCCAUCUGCAACAAUGGCCGCAUUUACAAGCUCUCUCUCAACAACCUCUCGCUCAGGGGCACCAUAUCCCCAUUCCUCUCCAACUGUACCAAUCUCCAAGCUCUUGACCUCUCUUCCAACUCCCUCACCGGUCCAAUCCCGCCGGAGCUCCUGUCCCUCGUCAACCUCGCCGUUCUCAACCUCUCGUCCAACCGUCUGGAAGGGGAUAUCCCCCCGCAGCUCGCAUAUUGCGCCUAUCUCAACAUCAUCGACCUCCACGAUAAUUUGCUUACCGGGCCUAUUCCCCAGCAAUUUGGCCUGCUGGCUCGUCUUUCCGCCUUCGACGUGUCCAAUAACCGGUUGACCGGGCCCAUCCCCGUCUCCCUAUCGAACCGGAGCGGGAACCUGCCCAGAUUCAACGCCAGCUCCUUCCUGGGGAAUAAGGAUCUCUACGGUUACCCGUUGCCGCCGCUUAGGAAUAGGGGGUUGUCCAUUUUGGCCAUUGUUGGGAUUGGCCUGGGGAGUGGCCUCGCCAGUUUGGUACUUAGCUUCACCGGGGUUUGUGUCUGGUUAAAAAUUACCGAGCGCAAGAUGGCGCUGGAGGAAGGCAAAAUCAGCCACCUUAUGCCUGAUUAUUGAACAUUAAUCACAAAUUACAAUACUUUCAAAUAUUCCAACCUAUCUCUCAUUCAACUGCAUCCAAAAAAAAAAAUAGUGCCCGUACCAGGUACUCUUUUUUUUUUUUCUUUUGUUUAUAAAAGCGAGGUUGGGUGUGGGCUACCCCUAAUUUCUUCGUACUUAUGGGUGGUUCAGAUCAUUGUCUCUUAUCGAUCACGGGGACAUAUUUUAUUUUAUAGUAAUUUAUAAAUUUAUAAUCUCUCUCUCCUUUUUUUUU